ACAAGGCUGUCACCCGGGCGCAGCCUCGUAUCUGCACUGGUGACAUCGCGCAGUCAGCCAUAUUGUUUCAUUUCCCUCGAGAAUUCCAUUCCCUCCAUAUCCUCACUUUACAUGAUUGACAAUGUCAAGAGAGAUUCAGCACGACAGCCGAGGAGGAAUCCAUCUCACAAUAUACCACGAUGAGCUUAGAUCCGCUCACCAUCAACCAGAAUGGACAUCCCACGGCCCAGAUGAUCACCGCGAGCGACAGAUCCUCCUAGAAGCAGACGAAUUCACAACCAGACACAACCUGGACUACGCAAGAGACACGAUUCGAAAAGGCGCUCUGCUUGCAUCCAAUGUAGAUAUUGAUCGUGUCGAUGGACUCACCCGCGAUGAACUGGUCAUCAUCGGCAAUGAGAAGUCGAAGAAUUGGCACCGCCAUUCUGGUUUGUCUCAGGUUGUGUAUGGCUGUUGUGGAUUUGGAUUUCUGGCUGGGUGGAAUAUGUUCUCGUUGGCCCUUCCCCAUUCCUAUCUCCGAGUGUCCGAUCGACUACUCCAGACAAAACCUGCCAACGAGGAGAAAUUACCCAUGAUAUUUCUGGUUGAAUGUCUCAUUGCACUAGCCGGCUGCUGGAGUACCUACAUCGUCAACCAUUCAAUCGGUCGUCGAGGAGCUGUCUUCCUCAGCUUCAUUCUCACCUUUAUCGAUUCUGUCGGCGAGACUGUUGGUCUUCGCUGGCAGCAACUGUUAAUCUUCCGCGUCCUUCUCGCAUUUGGCGUGGGACUCCAGGCAUGCACGAUUCCAGUCUAUCUGGCAGAAAGCAGUCCAACAAUGAGCCGUGAAAAGAUGCUUCGGCUCUGCUCUAUACUGCGGCUCCAUCCAUUGCAUCGUUUCUCAACGUCUGCUAUCCCAUCCUAUCUGCCAUUCUCCCGAUGCUAGUCUGGUUCUUCCCCGAGUCGCCUCGAUGAAGAGCUACGAUAGCAUCAUCCAUCACCAUCAUAACAGCCACACUAUCUGGGACAG